AUGAGAGUGAAGCUCUGUUACACGGUGCCGGCGGCGUCGCUACUGCAGCUGGCUGGGGGCUGCCUGGUUUGGCCUACACGGGCAGCCGUGGCCGGCUGCCGCUGCUGGGUGAACAGCGGUGGCCGUCUGGCCGAUGCGGUGGUACGAUGGCAGGGUACAAUGGCCUUUCUUCCCCUUUCCUAUCUGGACGGGUCAAAGGGCAAGGGCGAGGAGAACGAUGCCGGUGACCAUGUGUGGCACAAAUCGCGACAGGGCGAAAGGAAGAGGACGCGGAGCCUGCGAGGCGCGUGUGUCGCGGCCGGGGGAGAGGAAGAGCAGGCGGAGCCUGCGAGCCGGCGGUGUGUGGCGUCGGCGCGUGGAGUGGGCGCGGAGGAAGAGGAAGAAGAGGAAACGGAUGUGGCGAGGUGGAAGUUUCUGCGUUGA